UUUGUGGAGCAAAGUUAAUAGUCUGAAUAAAUUACGUGACUUUAUAUAAUGGGAGUCAGUUGUGAUAUUUGUGUUAAUGAACCCUUGAAAGGAUCAUUUGAUUCUGGUGAUUCUAUUUCUGGAGUUCUGAAGUACAAUUUAGAUGAAAACGUUAAGUUUAAUCAAAUGGUUGUAUCAUUGAAAGGUGUUGGGCGUUUAACUCUAACAAAAAAUGAAGGGAUUGGAAAGAAAGCUAAGAAAAAAAAUUAUUAUAAUAAAGAAGAUUAUGUUAAUAUCGUAAAUACGGUAGAAAGUAAUGAAAAAGGGAAACAAAUAGAUGCUACACAUUAUGAAAAAGAAUUCUUCUUUAGAUUACCAGAGAAAAUACCUCCCUCGUUAAACUAUGUAAGAGGUCAUCGUAAAUAUAAGGUGAACUGCAAUAUUGUUUAUUAUGUAAGUGUUGAAUUCAAAUUUUGUGACGGAAUCAAUAAAAAUAAACGUUUCAGUAAAAUACUAAAAAUGAUCUCAAAAAUACAACCGAGAUUACUAAUGACUCCUUCAGUAUACAUCGAAAGCAAGAAACUGUUUAAACUCAUAAAAUCACACGAAAGUAUUAUCACUAUAAGGGCCUCAAUACAAAACUCGAUUGUGGAGCCAGGAGAUAAAGUGAAUAUAUUUUAUGAAGUGUCAAAUGAUAGUAACAUAACUGUGAAAGCUAUCGAAACUAAACUAACUAUGAUUUACAUUUUCAAUGUGCCAAAUAUGUGUGGUAUGAUGUUUAAAGGAGAUGUAAAAAACACCCAAGGAAAAACGGGGCCCAUCAAAAGUGGCAACAUUUUGAGAUCAACAGUAGAAAUUGAUUUACCACCCGACGUUUACUCCUUGGAUUUUUGCAAAUUCGUAUCAAGAGAUUAUUCUGUUGUCAUAACUGCUGUUCUUCCUUUGCCACACAGUAAAUUAUCGCUUGAAAUACCCAUUCAAGUCGGUAACAAAUUAACUAACGGUACUGCUACCACAGAAAUAAGUGAAGACAAUGUUGAAAAGUCUUUUAAACCACCACGUUUUACGAAAAGGAUGGGUGGAAGUAGUAAAAACAUUAGAGGUGAUGCUAUGCCUCCUGAUACAGAAACGAAAACCGAGCAUAGAAAUACUAAAAUAGAUGAUGUUGAAAUUUCAAUAAAACCAGAUGAACCUACUAAUGAUGACAAUGAUAAGCCUUGCGUAAAGUAAUUAUAUUUAAAUAAACUAGGAUGUUAUUUAAGUUUUAUAUUAGUCAAAUAAGUAAAUAAAAUCUUUUAGUAGUUCGGUAA